CACAUCACAAUAGACAAACUAUCGCCGAGUCCACAGCCGAUGACGAUUUCUUUCAGUUGGUAUCGGGGCGGAUGGAAGAUGUGGACUAUACGCGAAUGCUCCGCACAUCCACUUUCUGCCUGCACCUCAGAGGAUUUCAGGUGUGGUCUCCACGGCUAAUCGAGUAUCUGUGGUUUGGCUGCAUUCCUGUGGUGUUGGGCGACGAUUACUAUCUGCCGUACUCUGCGCUGUUCGAUUGGGAUAAGUUUAGCAUUCGCAUCUGCGAGGCUGACGCUGGCAACAUCAAAAAAGUGCUGAAGGCCAUCUCACCUGAGCGCAUCGACGACAUACGCAGAAGAUUACGAGAGGUCGUCCAUCACUUCACAUUCCACAAUCCCCCGCAGAGUGGCGAUGCCUUCGACAUGGCGGUUUACCAAUUGUCGCUGAGGUCCGAAUCAAUCAAGUCACUGGGUCGUGGUAUGCUA